UAUUUGGCAGCACUUACACCCGUUUGGUUAUUAAAUAUAUUUCGUGUCUCUAAAAAUUUUGUAAUUUUAUUAUGUAUUAAAUUUUUUUGAAAAUGAAACUGUUACGAAAUAAUUUGUUAAACGUAACAAAAUUUUUGCCUGUACAAAAUCCGUGUCGAUUAGUAAGUAAAAAUUGCAACGCUCAAGCAAAAAAUGUAGAAGCCGCAUCGCAAAAAUCUUUGAAAGUUGCAAUCAUCGGAUUGCCGAAUGCUGGGAAGAGCACUUUUAUUAACCACUUAAUUAAUCGAAGGAUUUGUCCGACCUCAUGCAAAGUUCAUACGACACGCAAAGCGAACAAAGCCAUUUACACAACUGAGCAAACACAACUGGUAUUCUGUGAUACACCCGGAUUGGUAACGGAAAAUGAAAUUAAGAAAUUCAAAUUGGAGAGCUCAUUUAAAAGUGCCUAUCGUCAAGCCGUUCAGCAUGCUGAUCUAAUAGCAGUCAUUCAUGAUGUGUCAAAUGCCUGGACACGCAAAGAACUCCCUUUUGCUGUGGUAGAUAUAUUGAAAACGUACCCGCGUUUGCCGAGCAUUCUAAUAAUGAAUAAAAUUGAUGCUUUAAAAUCUAAACGUGUAACCUUGGAGUUAAUACGUACCCUAACGAAUGAUACUUUGCUUAAUGAAAGAACAAAUAAAAAAAGGAAUAACGCUAUUACAAAGGAAUCGAUACCAUUAAAGAAACCAGUAAAUGACGAUCGAGAAGUCAGUUGGAGUAAUUUUAGUCGAGUAUUUUUGGUUUCUGCUAUAAUUGGCAGCGGCUUAAACGAUGUUCAUAAUUAUCUUAUUGCGUCAGCGAAGCCACGGCGCUGGGAGUAUACAGCUGAGAACUUCUCGGAUGAAACUCCCGAAAAUCUUAUCGUGGAUAGUGUGAAAGCACGCUUAUUGGACUAUUUACCUCAAGAAAUACCUUAUAACCUGGAGACUUUUCUUGAAUACUACAGCGUGGAGAACGGUACCAUUUAUGCAUCAGUGGAAGUAUUGUGUCCUACACAACGCAUUGAGCGCUUGAUAUGCGGUGAAUCCAAUGGACGUUUGAGACAAAUAACGGAACGCGUAACAUCGGAUUUGAUAGAGACAUUUGGUAAAGCGAUAUCGUUUACUAUUGCGACCAGAUCAAAAGAAACGCAGAAGAAAAUUAGUCAGUGAAAAUUUAU